AUGACUUCGACCAUUUCCCUACCUGUCCCGACUCCCGUUCCACCGGCACCACCGUCUCUCUCUUCGUCCUCUCCAGUAUAUGGCAUGAAUGGUAUAACCGGCUUGAACUCCAUCUCCUCAUCAGGUCACUGCUCCUCCUCGGGCAUCAACUCGUCCGACGGUAGAACAGAGUCCUUGAAUAGUACCCGUAAUGGAAAGUUAUUGUCCAUGAGUAGUGCAGUGGGAAUUAACGGCGGGACAGGGCAGCAGGCUCACAGUUCCUCUUCCUCAUCGCACCUUCCGACCCUCAACGAGCCACCGAACUCUUCAUCUGCACACCAAGACAGUGAUUCCGACGCAGAAACUGUUGUAGUUGCUCCUCAAAGUCGAGGCAGAAGCCGCAGCAAUCGACCCCGAAGCUACCCCGAAAACGACGAUAAUCGCGAUGAUGACCGUUUAGCCCCGUCUUCCCACCCGAGGAGGACAAACGGUGACUCGAAAUCGAGACCCGACCGAGAUAAUGAUGAUGCAUAUUCAUCCGACCUCAGUUCCGCUCCCUCAUCUCGUGCUCCUUCAUCUAAACGACCGCUCCCUAAAGAUAGAGCUCGAAAAAGAACCGCUUCGCCUUCGAGAUUAACACAUUCUCCUCCUCGUAGGAAAAUACCGAAGAUCCAAGAAGAUGACCUUGAUAAACGCCGUUCUCUCAAAAGGAAGGCCCGAGAGGUUUCCCAUGAGAGAGGUAUCAAAAGCGAGGACGAAUCUCCUCGGGGCAUUAGGAUAAAAUCCUCGCCCCCGAUGUCUCCUCCUCCAGUUCCUCGUGAGAGCAAUGGAACAAAACAUGCCAGGGAGUCUCACACAUCCACCAACAAUACAUCCUCGACAAUUCUGCUGUCUCGUCCUGGGCAUUCCCGCAAGAGAAGUGUUCCGAAUGUUGGGCCCUCUAGCGGUAAAACGCCUAGCGGGAUCAAUUCCAACGUGUCGAAAUUUCAUAAAACCAAGAGAUCCGGUCGGCCACCCGCUCUUAGCAUUCAAGAUUCUGACAAUGAAGUCAAAUCAACAUCAUCCUCAAGAUCGAAUUCUCCGCAUAUCACGAAUCAUAGAAGACGACGACCCUCAAUUUCGGGCCCUGCCGCGUCACCUGCACGUCUAAUAGGCCCCGGACACAAGAUGAAACGCGACAAAACCGGCAGGAACCAGCUGCACAAAGUCUGUGCCAAAGGUGUUUUGGAUGAGGCGAAAGCGUGUCUAGAGGCUGAACCUGACCUUCUAAACGAUGCUGAUAAUGCAGGCUAUCUUCCUAUCCAUGCCGCAGCACUCGCCGGUCAUGACGAUAUUGUGGAAUGGCUGAUCGAGGAAGGUGCACUGGUUGAUAAGCCCGCUGAGGAUUUAUCAACUCCUCUAUUAGAUGCAGUCGAAAACAUGCAUGUUGCUGUCGUCAAUACUCUGCUGGAGCACGGAGCGGAUCCACGCCACCGUAAUAAAGCAGGGCAGUCAUCGAUAGAUCUAGCGUCGACGAUUCGCCAGCAGAGCGAUGAAGCCGAUGAGGAGGCUAAGAUGAGCCAAAUAGAGGAUGCCCUGCGAGCAGCAUUAGUUAAACUGAAAAACAAGAAGAGAGCAGACGACGAGGCGAGGAAAACGGCUAAUGAAAGCUGUUCUUCCCGGGCAGCCUCGGUUGCCAGCCCGAGUCAUUUCUCACCACCUCCGCAAUCCAAUCAAAUGACAAGCAGCCGAAGAAGAGGAGGACGUGGGGAACCAACCAGAAACGAGUUUCUAUGGCUCGAUGCCGGCAAGGGUGGACAAGCGAAGCUCAAGCAGGCGUCUCGAGACGGAGAUAUGGAAAUGGCUGGCAAACUACUAGAAAGUGGGAUAAACCCUGAUCCGGAGUCGAUGAUGUUAGCUGCUCGAGGAGGGCAUUUGGAUGUUCUAAACCUACUGGUGGCAUUUGGAGGUGAUAGCGAUCCAGACCCGAAGGAUGUAAUUCGACAACACACAAAAGACAAAUCGCAGUUUCCCCUCAUCCCAGGCGAAGAAACACCCCUUCUUGCAACCAUCGGUCGUAACAAUAUCGAGGUUCUCAAGUUACUCCUUAGAAGCGAGUCUAUGAAGGAACCGAGACGUCUUGACAACCGGGGAAGAUCAUACGCUGAAAUUGCCAAACAAAGAGGUGGCGAGAAUUGGGAGGAAGAGGUCAAGCUCCUUCAAGCCGCAUACGACUCCGCCGGCCCACAGAAAUCGAAGAAAUCCGCCCGGGACAAGCUUGACUCCUCUUCACCGGUCGCUUCUCGCAAGGACAAGGACAAGGACAGCAGCAAGGACAAAGAUCGUAAAUCUGAGCGAAAGGAGGCCAAAGCAGACGAAAUGAAGAAGACAAAGCGUCUUCGCCGGAGGUCCGCAUCUCCUGCAGCGUCCUCUGCUAUGGAUGACACAGCUCCAUCCGAACGAGAGAUAUCCCCUGUGAUCGCUAGGUCGAAAUUGAAGGAUCUUGACAAGCAGAAACGCAAGGAGAGAGCCGUGGAUUCCGAUUACUCAGCCAUCAGCGAUAGUAAUGCUACUGUUGAUGGGACCAAGACGAAGAAGCGGCGACUAGUGCUUGGGAAAGACCUUGCUGCUAAAUCCGAGAAGGAAGACAAGCCCCCAAAAAUCGAAAAGGACGACAAGAAGGAGAAAACAAAGGACGAAAAACCUUCUAGGAAGCGUUCUGACGAAAUGGAGGUCGACCACCCCGUCAAGCGGGAGAAAGAAAAGGACAAGGAAAAGGAUGUUGGGUUGAAAGAGAAAAAGAAGAAGGAGAAGGCUGUGAUCGACGAGGACGAUAUCGAGAUGCCCGACGCCCCUCGACCUAAGAAAAGACUCGUCGAUCCCGAGAGGCAUGCUUCUAAACGUGACCAUUCGCUUGACAAACGACAACGGGAGAGCAGCUCGAGUUCGAAUAGGCCAGUUGUCAAUGAUCACAACUCCGAUGUAGAUGCCCAGGCUAAAGUCGAAAUGCUCGGGAAGAAACGAAGAAAGCUGGAGGAUGAAGCUGAUGCACCUGCAAAGGCCAAAUCGAAAGAAGAACGACAAUCGGAGGCCACUGAAGAACGUCCCAAGUCCAAGGAGGAGCGAAAAGCAGAGCGGGAAAUUCGCCGAGCCGAGGCUGACAAAGCUGCAAAGAUGAAGUUGAAGGCGGAGAAGUCAGAGAAACCAGCAUCAACCGAUAUUGUUGGGAAGGACACUGAUGAGGCUCUUCUCGAACGCAAACGGGAGAAGAAGAAGAGACGAGAAGAAGCUCUGAGAGAACAAGCCAAAGAGGCGACCACCAAAGAAUCCAAAGAUAGCGAGACUGCGGUUUCCAAACGCUCUAAGGAACGCGAAACAGUUGCAUCCGAUAUCGAAGGAAAGAAGUCCCGCUCGGAAAAAGAACGCUCUGUUCAUAAGGACAAAGAUGCUAUGGAUGUCGACUCUGAAGUUCCAACUACGAAACGUCGGAAGCCUAGUGGCGAUUCGGCGGUCACUCCCGAUGACGUUACGUCUAAGAUCAAAAAGCGUAAAUCAAAUGGUGCCAGCCCAGCGCCCUCUGCUAAUGACGAAAAGAACGGCAACCGACAUCUCAACGAUUUGUCUAACGGCAAGAGCAACCGCGGUUCUAGCAUUCGCGAGGAGGUUAAGCCUAAGGCUGAUCCAAAUGACGAUGCCAUGCUUACCGAAGAACGCGAACGCGAAGUCGAACGACAGCGUAUCGAAAAGGAGCAAAAGGAGCUGGAACGAAAGAAGCAGGAAGCCGCAAGACAACAGGAGGAAAAACGCCGUGAGCAAGAACGUCUCGACCAAGAGAGGGCCGCUGAAAAACUUCGUCUACAAAAGCAACAGGAGGAAGAGAGGCGCAAGCAACUCGAAUCUAUGCGUCAGCUAGGUGUUAAACUUUACAAGACUAGCAGUCACGUUCAGUUACAAUCGCAUGAUCAAGCCCAAUCUCAACUUGCUGGUGAUAAGGCCCGGUUCGAUGAGAUGCAGCGGAUUAAUAGUCUUCCUCUGAUCUAUCGGGACGCUCUAAUGGCGAAGAACAAAGAAGAGUUCGCCCAUGGCCUCUGGCAGGAUUACAGAAGGAUUCUACCCUUGUACUGUGUCGAAUAUGGCGAGCCAAAAGAACGUUGGGUAUCUAACGCGCAGGCUUGUGUGCUUCUCGGUAUCCCUCAUGACCUUGACAUGACAAUUUAUCCAAACCUCGAACGACGCCCUGUGAAUGCAAUGGAGCAGCAAGCAUUGAAGCAGAACUUCCAUGUUUUGUAUUCCUCCUACAAUUCACCACAAACCCUCAAUUUCGAUGUUCGUUUGGAGAUGGAACGUCAAGAGACCGAGCAGAACAAGUUCCUAGCAUUGACCAACGUUUUCUGGUUAAAGGCCUCCGACUUGUGCAAGAUCUUCCUCUCUAAUGAUCGCUACCGUCAUAUCGCCGACAAAUUCAUUCGAAACAGCCAACUUCCUUCCGUUCUCCUCUGGAUCGAAGGCGAAGACUAG